AUGGCGCUAGAGCAUCCGAGGCGCAAGACAAGGCAUUGUGUGUCUGCUCUUGAAGUGACCGCAAUUGCUAACCUCGUCCUGCUCAAUGACCAGCCCCCAAAGGCCAAAUCCGGAAAGAAGCCCGCCGCCGCCCCCUUUGGCGCUUCCUCCAAGUCCAAGGCGGCCACCAAGAACCCGCUCUUCACCGCGAACCCCCGUAACUUUGGUAUCGGCCAGGACAUCCGUCCCACGACCGACCUCACCCGCUUUGUCAAGUGGCCCGAAUACGUUCGCCUCCAGCGCCAAAAGGUCAUCCUCAACAAGCGCCUCAAGGUCCCCCUGCGAUCGCCCAUACCGUCCAGAGACCAAGCAGGAGAAGAAGGCUCGUUUGGAUGCCACGCCAAGGCCACCGCCGAGUCCAAGGAGGCCAAGGAUAAGGCGAGUUCGCUGCAGGACUCGAAGAAGCCCUUGUAUGUCAAGUACGGUCUUAACCACACCGUCGCUCUCAUUGAGGCCAAGAAGGCCAACCUCGUUGUCAUUGCCAACGAUGUUGACCCCAUUGAGCUUGUCGUUUUCCUCCCUGCUCUCUGCCGCAAGAUGGGUGUCCCUUAUGUUAUUGUCAAGUCCAAGGCCCGCCUCGGUACCGUCGUCCACAAGAAGACCGCUGCCGUCUUGACUCUCCAGGACGUCCGCAGCGAAGACAACAAGGAGCUCUCCACCCUUGUCUCUGCUGCCAAGGCCAACUUCACCGACAAGUACGAGGAACACCGCCGUCACUGGGGUGGAGGUCUCCGUGGUAACAAGUCGACUGCCAAACUCCGCAAACGUGCCAAGGCAGCUGGUCAGACCGUCUCGGCUGCUGCCGCUGCUUCCCUCUAA